AUGCACGAGCUUUCCAAGACCAAAUCCAGAGAGAUUAAAUAUCUCUACCUUGAAUUUAACACACCACUCCCAACACCACUUAUCACUUCAACCCCCGGACCCGGACAAUACUCGCCGCCAGAACCCCCCGAUCUGAAGAAAUACAGAUCGCCAUUUCUAUGGCCCAAAUGGCGCAAAUCAGUGAUGACUUGGAUCUCAUGCGCAGUGACUGCGCUCGCAGGUUAUUCUGCAGGGGAAGCCAGCCCAGCAUCGACAGAGCUGACAGAAAAAUGGGGCAUCAGCUUGGUGGUGUACAAUCUAGCUAUCACAAUCUUCUGCGUGGGGUUUGCGCUCGCCCCGAUGAUACUCGCUCCUUUCUCUGAGAUCAAUGGGAGGAGGCCUAUUUUUAUUGCCAGUGGUAUUAUUUUCGUUGCCUGUACUGUCGCAUGCGGUGGAACACAUACUUUUGCUGGUCUGAUUAUAGCACGAUUUUUCCAAGGUGUGGGAGGAUCAACCUUUUCUACAAUGGUUGGAGGCAUUAUCAGCGACUUUUACCACGCGGAAGACCGAAACACUCCCAUGGCAUUGUUCUCUGCGGCUGCUCUCUUUGGCACAGGACUAGCUCCAUUACUAUCAAGCAUUAUCGUGUACCACACCACAUGGCGCUGGAUUUAUUACUCACAUGCUAUUGUUUCAGGAGCAUUUGUAAUUUUGAUUUUUCUCUUCUUCUCAGAAACCCGCGGAAGUGUCAUCUUAAGCCGGAAAGCCAAAGUAUUAAACAUAUACUAUGAAAAGCUUGAGGCUGCCGGCCACCGUGGAGUCGUCAUGCCUGGCAGCAGAUCCGGAGAAGGGGGUAAUACCGAGCGGAUCAGGUGGAAAGUCAAGAGCGAUGAACAACGUGGGUCUUUGCUCCAGAUGAUCAGCAUCUCCUGCUACCGUCCGUUCCGUGAGUUCUCUACUUGUUAUCAGUUUUUGGCAAGCCUCAUGAUUUCUGACUGCUCUCUAGACAUGUUGUUCACAGAGCCUGUUGUCUUUUUCUUUUCCCUUUGGGCUGCAUUUAGCUGGGCUGUCCUGUAUCUCCAAUUCAGCUCUGUACCAUUGGUUUUUAAAACAAACCAUAACUUUAACACUGAGCUGAGUGGAGCGGUCUUUACGUCAAUAUGUGUCGGAGUCAUCCUCAUCACAAUCAUAAGUAUUUACCAAGAGCGGAUUGCAGAGCACUUCAUGAAGCUCCCUCAAUCAGCUGAGCGGCGUCUCUACUUUCCCUGCGCUGAAGCAAUUUUGCUGCCCAUAGGCUUAUUCUGGUUUGGAUGGACAUCAUACCCGUCCAUUCCAUGGAUUGUACCGACAUUGGGCGUCGGCUGUGCAGGAAUGGGGAUUUUCUCGGUCUAUCUGGCUGUUUUCAACUACCUGGCUGAUACCUAUCACCGAUACGCGAGUUCUGCUAUUGCAGCGCAAUCAUUCUGUCGAAACCUACUAGGAGGCAUCUUUCCAUUGAUCGCCAACGCAAUGUUCACCAAUAUGGGCUAUCCCGGUGCAUCCAGCUUAUUGGGUGGAAUUGGUGCUCUUCUGACGUUUGUUCCAUGGCUCCUUUUAUUCUUUGGGCCCAAAAUUCGCGCAAAAAGUAAACUUGCGAGUGAACUGGAGCAAUAA